GGGUUAUUAUUCUGUUUGCGGUUGGCUGAAAUAAACACCGAUAAAGUUAGAAAAUGGGUGAUUUCGGUUCCGAUAGUGAGGACAGCGAUGGAGAAGGAGGACUUGGAAACGUUAGCCGAGUCAUCAUUCGACCACCAGGUCACAGCGGCAAAGCCAAACGAGGUCACCUAUGCUUCGAUGCUGCCUUCGAAACGGGCAACCUUGGCCGUGUGGACCUGGUGGGCGAGUUCGAGUACGAUCUGUUUCUCCGGCCGGACACGUGCAAUCCCCGGUACCGGUUCUGGUUCAACUUCACCGUCGACAACGUCAAACAGGACCAACGGGUGAUAUUCAACAUUGUAAAUAUCAACAAAAAUCGUAACCUGUUCAAGGAUGGCAUGACACCGCUCGUCAAGUCGAGCAGCCGUCCCAAGUGGCAACGUAUCCCUAGGUGCGAAGUUUUCUACUACAAAUCGGCCAUCCAUCAGAACCAUUAUGUGCUGAGCUUUGCUUUUGGAUUCGACAAGGAGGACGAGGUGUACCAAUUUGCACUGACGUUUCCGUAUUCGUACUCGAAACUGCAGGCCUAUCUAAACGCGUUGGAGACCAAGUUUCCGGAAUCGUUCGAGCGGACCACACUGGGGAUGACGAUUCAAAACCGCAAACUGGAGGUAGUCACCUUCGACGACGUGAAGAAACCGGACAAAGUCGAUCAGAAGAACGUCAUCCAUAUGGUGGUAAUCCUGGCGAGGAUUCAUCCUGGUGAAUCGCCAGCUUCGUACGUUGUGCAGGGAUUGAUCGAAUACCUGGCGGCAGCGAAUCAACCGAUAUCGAAAGCCUUGCGGGAUAAUGUGGUGUUCAAAAUCAUUCCAAUGCUGAAUCCAGAUGGGGUGUUCUUGGGAAACAACCGGUGCAACGUGAUCGGACACGAUUUGAACCGAUCGUGGAACAAGAUGUCCCAGUAUACGCAUCCGACGCUGGGUGCGGCCAUGAAGAUGCUGAAGGAGUACGACAACUCGAGUGUCAGUUGGGUGAAUCUUAGCUGUGAUGCUAAUUGUCUAGAGAAUUUUUUUCUUUCUUUAUUUCAGUGCUACCAGGUGGAUUUUGUGAUCGACAUCCACGCCCAUUCGAGUCUGACGGGGACGUUCAUCUACGGUAGUACGUAUGACAAUGUGUAUCGGUACGAACGGCAUCUAGUGUUUCCCAAGCUGUUUGCAGCCAAGUGCGAAGACUUCUGCCAAGAGCAUAUGAUGUUCAACGCGGACGAUAGGAAAUCCGGAACUGCCCGGCGGUUCUUUGUGGAGGCGUUGAGUGAUAAUGUCAAUACCUAUACGCUGGAGGUUUCCAUGUGUGGGUACUACCUGAACGAUAGCAACUUACUGACGCAGUACACUGAAGAUGGGUAUAUGCGAAUCGGUCGCAACCUGGCGCGAUCCUUCCUGGAGUACUACCGCUUCACCAACAUCCUGCCAAUCCCACCGGUGGAUGAGCUGCGACCGCGCAAGGGUCGACCCCGAACGCACCGGCCCCGGGCACGAUCCCGAACCCGCAGCGAAGUUCGCUUGCGACCCAAAACCGUCCGCACCUACGCUCCCAUUAGCUAUACGGAUCUCUCGAUCUGCUACGACAGUUCGACCUCGAACGAGGGCUCGCCGAUACGCUACAUGUACUCACACUACGGUGGCUUCCGGAUGCGUGCCCUUGGGCCACCGGAUCAGUACUCGCUGUCCAACAUCCAGGCGGCUCGGUUCAGCAAUCUGGAUUUUAGCAGCGACUACCGGUUCAAGGUUACCCCGAAGCCCAAAACGGCUCCGGAGCAGCACAAGAUGCCCCCGAUCGAGAUCCUGAACGUUCCGCCAAAACCCUGCCUUACCAUUAUAGACUUCAAUCAGCUUACGCGCGGAGGCCUCGAGGAAGCCACCUCCGGACGGAAGCUCGAACGGGAAAAGGAGAAAAUCCGUCGCCACACGCUCAAAAGCAGUUCAAGAAAAGCGUAGUCUAGAUUGAUAAAACAUCGAUUUUUUUAUUAUUAA